AUGGCUUCUUCUUCUUCUGCGUUGACUUGCUCAAGAAGAUACCAUGUCUUUCCAAGCUUCCACGGUCCAGAUGUCCGUAGUAAAUUCCUCAGUCAUUUACAUUACUACUUUGCAAGAAAAGGAAUCACAGUGUUCAAAGAUGAGGAGAUCGAGAGAGGCCAGACGAUCGGACCUAAGCUCGUACAAGCAAUUAGAGAAUCGAGGGUCUCCAUCGUUGUGCUUUCGGAGAAGUACGCUUCUUCCAGCUGGUGCUUAGAUGAACUGGUUGAAAUCUUGAGGUGCAAGGAAGCUUUGGGGCAGAUAGUGAUGACUCUCUUUUACGACGUUGAUCCGUCCCAUGUUCGGAAACAGAGCGGUGAUUUCGGAUGCGCAUUCGAGAAAACUUGUCAUGGGAAGACAGACAAGGACAAGCAGAGAUGGAGCAAAGCUCUGACUUAUGUCGCAAAAAUAGCCGGAGAACACUCUCUGAAUUGGGGUGAUGAAGGGGAGAUGAUUAAAAAGAUUGCCGCAGAUGUUUCCAAGAAACUGAAUCUCACGCUCUCGAGAGAUUUUGAGGGGAUGGUUGGAAUGGAAGCUCACUUGAGGGAACUAGAAACUUUGUUAUGCCUCGAGCAUGAUGAUGAAGUGAAGAUGAUUGGAAUUUGGGGUCCUGCGGGAAUCGGUAAGACUACGAUUGCUAGAGCUCUGUUCAGCCAACUCUCUAGCCAUUUUCUACUUAGUUGUUUUAUGGGGAACCUCAAGGGAAGUUGUAAGAGCAUAAUGGGAGUGGAUGACUAUGAUUCCAAGUUGUGUUUGCAAAGUCAACUUCUUUGUAAGAUCUUGAAGCAUAAGGAUAUGAGGGUACACCAUUUACGUUCAAUAAAAGAAUGGCUGCAAGAUCAAAAGGUGCUCAUCAUUCUUGAUGAUGUUGAUGACAUAGAGAAACUAGAGGCCUUGGCUAAAGAGCCUUCUUGGUUUGGCUCCGGAAGUCGGAUCAUCGUUACCACACAAGACAACAAGAUUCUCAAGGCACAUGGAAUUUUAGAUAUCUACCAUGUGGAUUUUCCAUCCGAAGAAGAAGCUCUUGAGAUCUUCUGUCUAUCUGCUUUCAAACAAACUUCUCCACACGAUGGUUUUGAAGAGCUUGCAAAGAAAGUAGCCAAGCUCUGCGAUAAUCUCCCGUUAGGCCUCUGUGUUGUGGGUUCAUCUUUGCGUGGUGAGACCAAAGUCGAGUGGGGGCUUCAAUCACAUGAGCUUGAAACUAGCCUUGAUAGAAAAAUUGAGGACGUGUUAAGAGUGGGAUAUGACAAAUUGUCAAAGAAACAUCAAUCCGUCUUUCUCCACAUUGCAUGCUUCUUCAACAAUGAGGAUGUUGACCAUGUCACAUCCAUGCUCGCUGACAGUAACUUGGAUAUCAGGAAUGGGUUGAAGAUCUUAGCCAGCAAAUCUCUCCUACAUAUAUCUACAGAUGGGAAGAUAGAGAUGCACUAUCUACUCAAAAAGUUGGGUAGACAAGAAGUUAUUGAACAGUCUCAUGAGCCAGGGAAACGUCAGUUUUUAGUAGAAGCUCAAGAUAUUUUUAAUGUACUUGCCAAUGAAACAGGCACUGGAUCUGUCUUAGGUAUAUCGUUUGAUAUGUCUAAGACCGGCGACUUGGUUAUAAGGGGAAGAGCGUUUGAAAGAAUGUGUAAUCUCCAGUUCUUAAGAGUUUUCAUGGGACAUUCUCAUUCAAAUGCAAAUGUUAGGUUAAGCACAACAGAGGACAUGAAACAUCUACCUCGUCUAAGGUUGCUACGGUGGGAUUCAUACCCAGGAGCACUUUUUCCUCCAACAUUUCGAACAGAAUGUCUCAUCGAGCUCCGUAUGGCAUCAAGCAAGCUCGAGAAGCUCUGGGGAGGAAUCCAGCCCCUAGCAAACCUCAAGAAGGUGAAUUUGAACUUUUCUUACAAGUUGAAAGAGAUCCCAAACCUGUCGAAAGCUACUAAUCUCGAGACAAUGACACUUGUCCAAUGCACAAGCUUGGUGGAGUUUCCCUCGUAUAUUCUGGAUCUUCCCAACCUGGAAACGUUAAGAAUGUGGGGCUGCAAAGAGUUGCGAGUUGUUCCAUUGAACAUCAACUCUGCAUCUCCUGCGGAAUCCAUAACGAGUUAUUGCUCAGGAUUAAGAAAUUUUCCAGAUAUAUCUACCAACAUCAAGAAUCUCUAUGAAGGAAGAGUGGAGAUAAAAAAAUUUCGUGAAAUGAAAUUUUAUUGUGAACCUUGGAGUAGGGAUGUAGGUGGCAGAGACCACAAGAGAAGAAGUUUAAGGGAACUAAACCUAAGCAACAGAUAUAUAGAGAAGAUUCCGUCUUACGUUAGAUAUAGCCGCCAGCUGCAUACCCUCAUCAUCAAAAACUGUGGAAAACUCGUGUCAGUGGAGGGUCUUCCCCCUUCGCUCAGGUACCUUCAUGUAGACAGUUGUGUGUCACUUGAGAGAGUGACACUCCCCAGAGUUUUCCAAGAUCCAAUCAAAGAAUUGAUAUUCCACAACUGUUUGAAGCUGGAUGCAGAAUCAAGAAGAGCAAUCAUACAUCAUAAGGUUGCCAGGUAUGUAUGCUUACCCGGUGAUAAGUUCCCUGCAGAGUUCACUCACAAAGAUACAGGAAACUCCAUAAUCAUCCCUUGGGAGACUUUCUUCUCAGAGUCCUCGAGAUUUAAGGCUUGCCUCCUGCUUUCGCCAAUCAAUGAUACUGAUUACGAGCAGCUUCAUAUAACUUGUUAUCAAAGAAGCCACGGAGAUGUCCUGUUCAACAAAAUCAGUUAUUUACAUGUGCUUUCAGACGAGCCGCCUCUGAUUCUCACGGAACAUGUGUUUAUAUUUCGUGGUGGCUUGAUUGGUCGACAGAAGAGAUGCUCAGAAGGGGAUGAGAGUAUGAGCGAGAUUCUGUUUGAAUUCCACUGCUGGAGCAUGUACAAGAUUAUUGCAUGCGGUGUAAGGAUCUUGAGGGAUGAAGAUGAGAAUCGUAUCACUGAAAUGGACGACUUUAGUAGUGGAAGCAACAGCAGCGAUAACAAAGAUGUUGAUGAUGAUGAUGAGGGAGCCUAUGAAAGCAGAAGCAGAAGCUGUUGGAGUUGGCUUAUGAAACUCUGUUGGUAA